ACACUACCACAGAGAGUUACAGAAAAUUACCAAAAUGGGGCUGGAAAGUACUAUGGUCUGCGUGGACAACAGUGAGUACAUGAGAAAUGGAGACUUCUUACCGACAAGGCUGCAGGCUCAACAGGACGCUGUCAACAUCGUCUGCCAUUCGAAAACACGCAGCAACCCAGAGAACAACGUGGGCCUCAUCACAAUGGCAGAUAACUGUGAGGUUCUCACCACACUGACACCCGAUACAGGACGCAUCUUGUCCAAGCUUCAUGCUGUACAGCCCAAAGGAAAUAUCUGCUUCUGCACGGGCAUCAGGGUGGCUCAUCUGGCCCUAAAGCACAGACAAGGAAAAAAUCACAAGAUGAGGAUCAUUGCUUUUGUUGGGAGUCCUGUGGAGGAUAAUGAAAAAGAUCUUGUCAAAAUGGCAAAGCGCUUGAAAAAAGAGAAAGUAAAUGUGGAUAUUAUCAACUUUGGAGAAGAGGAGUUGAACACAGAAAAGCUGACUGCUUUUAUCAACACUCUCAAUGGGAAGGAGGGAACAGGCUCUCACCUGGUCACUGUCCCCCCUGGACCCAGUCUGGCUGAUGCACUGCUGUCCUCUCCCAUUCUGGCUGGUGAGGGAGGAUCUAUGAUGGGUCUUGGUGCCAGCGACUUUGAGUUUGGUGUGGACCCCAGUGCUGAUCCAGAGCUGGCUCUGGCCCUGCGUGUCUCCAUGGAGGAGCAGCGACAGAGGCAGGAGGAGGAGGCCCGCAGAGCUGCCGCUGCUUCCGCAGCCGAGGCCGGCGUGCCCACUCCCAGCGCAGACGAGUCAGAGGAGGCCUUGUUGAAGAUGUCCGUGUCUCAGCCGGAGAGCGGCGCCGCGGUGCUCCCUGAUUUCAGCAGCAUGACGGAGGAGGAGCAGAUAGCCUACGCCAUGCAGAUGUCUCUUGCAGGAGGAGAGUAUGGGGAGAUGGACACAGGAGCCCCGAUGGACACUGCAGAAUCAGCCAAGGAAGAAGAUGAUUAUGAUGUGAUGCAAGACCCAGAGUUCCUUCAGAGCGUCCUGGAGAACCUGCCUGGUGUGGAUCCAAACGAGGCCAUCCGCAACGCCAUGGGCUCCCUGGCUUCCCAGACAGGAAACAAACCAGAUGGCAAAAAGGACGAAGAGAAGAAGAAAUGAGAAAAACUAAAGAAAAAUGAACAAUUGUGGAUUUCUUAAAUAUAAAAUUGCUGAUGCACCCCCUGCAUGGCAAUACCAUUCUUUCUUUCUUUUUUUAAGACACACAAAGACACCAAUAUAGGGGGGGGGAAUGUAAGCAUCCAAUAAAAACUUAGUGUCCAAUUUGACUGCCCAAUAAUAUAAACCAAUAGACUUCUCCCAUAGCCUCCUACAUCCUACAUGUCAUUAUAUUUGAUAUUUGACCAAACAGAGGAAAUUGUGACAGGCUUUCAGUCUAAAUAGUUAAACACAUGUCAAGACUUUGUGUUUCUUUUUUUUUUUUUGCAAUAAAAGCCAUCUUUAAAUGCGUGGCCUUUUUGUGGUGUGUCUGCCCCCAGAGAGUCAUUGUUGUAAACGAUGGGAAGUGGGCAGAACACAGAAAGGGAUUGCAA